AUGAGCAACGUCGGGGAUGCGUGCAUCAUUCCUCUCGCGGUGGGAAGCACUGUGGUGCCCCUCAUGCUCGAGAAGACAGAGGGUAUGACCUUCGACGGCAUCCCCGCCGAGCGCGCCGAGGACGAGGCCUUCUGGACCACCAUGGUCACUGCGUGUCUGAUCUCCAGCGAGCGGGAGCCCGAAGAUCUUCUCUACGACGUCUUCCUGCCUUAUCUGAUUAAGGCGCCAGCCGUCGUGGAUGCCCUGUAUCCGAAGGAGGGAGCGAAGAUGCUCGAGGGCCUCAGCAUCCCGGACUCCGACUUCCACUCGCGGCCCAGGGCCUUCGGCCCCUGGCGCGGCCUCACGCUGCUGUGGAAGCAUCUCCUCAGGUCCAAGGCCGGGCUCACGAAGCAGCAGGUGAAGGCUGUCAAGUGGGAGCUCCGGGCCACAAUGGUGGACAUGUGCGUGCACGACCUCAAAGCAUCAAAAGGCCUCGAUUCCACAGACAUCCGGCUGCUGAAGCUGGGCUGCGGCACCAUGUCCUUCGCGGCAGUGAGGAACCACACCUGCGCCACUGACUGCCGGUCGGACGAGGACUCCCUGAGCCUGCCUGCGGCCAACCACUCCCUCUUCGCCUGCAAGAAGCUGGUCGAUGCGAUCGACGUCCUUUGCUCCCAGAAGCCGCGGACCUAUGAGGGUCAGGAUGGCAGCGGGGAGUUUUCUUCCUACCUGGACCUGGACACCGGGGAGGAGAAAGUCAGCCAAAGUGCGAUCUUCCCCUUCUUCGACCGUCUGCUCCGGCAAGAGGUCUUUCCUGGCAAGCCGAAGGGGGUGGCUGACCAGCUUCCCAUCGACCUCUUGGCUUUGCCGGAGAAGGUAAACUCCAUGACUGAGUUCUUCCGGACGCUGCGCAUAGCAGAGGAGAUUUGCCUCAAGCUCUCUUUCAUCAGCCGGGAGCGCUGCGAGUAUGCCCCCUACCUCUUGGUGUGCCUCCAGCAGCACCUCUUCACGAAGCUGCUGCCCCUGCCGAGGGGUCCCUUCUCUUCGAAGUUGGAGGAGUGCGACAUUUGGGGCGGCUGGGACUCCUCGCAUCCGACGGUGACGCGCCCGAUGCAGCUGGACAUGCUGCAGGUGCUCUGUCGACUGGUGGAGCUCUUCGUGUGCGCGUCGCUGGAGAUGCGGUGCAAGAGCCACACGGCCCGCACCUUCGACGCCGUGAAGAUCACCGUGCUCUCGGCAGCGGCAGCCAUGGCGGACCGGAUCAUCCGGAUCUGGCCCAUGGAUGACAGGCUCUUCAAGCCGGAAAACAAGCCCUCGGAGCUGACGAAGGUUCUGCACGAGGGGCGCUUUGCGGUGGAUGCGACGGCCUUCUUGGUGCAGUCUGAAACCAUGGAGGCAUGCUUCCAGGAGCUCACCAUCACGCGCGCCGCGACCAUGGCUUACUUUCAUGAGGUGGUUCAACACUACAAGGUGAAUCUGGAUCGACGAAAGACUGUGAUCUUCGACUACGCCGCCCACAAGUGGGGCAUGUGGGUUACAGGCGAGCGUGGCACCAUCGCCCUAGCGGAGCGCAUGGCAGCGACGAAGCUGCUGAUGGACGGGAAUCCCUCGAAUCUCGUUGCUGGUACCAAUGUGAUGAUGCCUCACAUCUGGCCGGAGUUUCAAGCCUACCGUGACAUUGUCUUCUGGUGGAAGUACUUCCUUUGCACGGACAUCCGGGUCUUCCCCGAAGCCCGCAAGUUCCACCCCGCCGAAGCCAUCGCCCGCUGGAGCGUGCAAGUGGACGACAAGGGAAGGCCCUACUUCAAGGUCUCGGCCCUGGGAAAGGACAACGUGGUGUGGAUCAACGAGCGCACGCCGCCACAGCCUCCGGCCUCGGGUCACCGGUCUUUGCCCAACUUCCCCGAUGAGAAGACGGGGCGCCCGAUGCUGCGGCCCUCGGACAGUGAGGGCCUGCUAUCGUACUUGACGGUGCCCUACCUGCGGCAGCCACUUCUGCUGAGCUUCUUCACAACGCAGGACAGGAGCAACUGCCUUCGCCAGGGCACUCUGCAAAGGAUCCUCCAGGCCUCGAUGCUGGAGCCCGGGCGGCUGCUCUUCCCCGAGGACAUGAAGAACAUACCGGAGUACGUGCCCGCCACGGCCGAGGAGGAGCACCUGGUGGCCUCUCCCUUCAGCCAGAUUCUCACCGAGCUGGCGCACGGGCCGACGGUGAUCCUGACCGCCGUGGGCAAGCUGAUGGCCCUCACCUUGAGCCUCGCGACCUCCGUCACCUCGGAAACGGUGCCGGCGAUCCUCUUCUCCGUGCGCCUGGCCGUGCGCGUCGAGUCGGCAGCGGCCCUUCUCAUGGACCACGCUGAGGGCAAGGUGGCCCGGGCCUGGCCAAGGCUCACCACCACGCCCAGCGUCCUGGAAGACCUGCGGCGAGGCCGGAGCUUGCUGCGGAGCACCUUCGAGGGCGAGGUGUUGCCAUGGUUCGACAGGUGGUUGGAGGAGCUGGCGGAGUCGGCACAGCAGGAGCCCAGCCGCGAGGAUGAGUGUAACCAGCUCGCCUGCCGGCUCCACGCCCACCAGGUUCUGGUGCUCCGGAACGUCCCGCAGAGCGACUUCGACGCGGAGCGUGUGAAGCGGCUGCUCUCCUCCCUGACCUACCUCUCCUCCCAUCACACCUUCAACCAGGAGCGCCUUGAGGUGCCGGAGACGGAGCUCUUCGAGACCCUGCAGCUGCACCGGCGCUACAUCGUGCGUUGGCUCGUGGAGCAGAGGCGCCUGAAUGCGCUGCAGGGCUUCAACUCCGUGCUGCGGAGCUGCCAUCAGCAGCUCUCAGCCCUUGGGGACACCAGCGCCCCGGAGACCGCGGGCUUCGAGUGGGUCUGCGUGGGCGACGACUCGGAGUAUGAGGGCCGCUUCGGUGUCCUCAGCGAGUCAGCCCCGGACAAGGAGGCGCAGGGAGGGGCGGAGAAGGACAAGGAGAAGGAGAAGGGAGUGAAGACUGUGAACGCAUCCGACGCCUUCUGGAUCGAGCUCAACGUCCAGCUGCUCCAGGUGACGGUCCGCGGCCGCACGCUCGUUCCCUUGGAGGACUUCAUCUGGCAGGAUGAGGACUUCAAGCACGUCUUCGUCUCGGAGUUGGGAGAGAAGGGCGCCAUGCAGAAGACCACGGUGCAGUGCUCCGCGCUGCUGACCUCCACGAACGCCACGGUGCGCGAGCUCCUGAGCAUCCCCUUCCGGGCCACGCAUUGGUCCUCGAAGCCGGCGAGCUUUUUGCCCUUCCUGGACGACUGGGACCGGCUCUAUGACGUGGAGGACCUGGAGGAGGACGAGUUCUGGAUAGCCGAGCUCUUCGAGCCCGUCCGGCGCAUGUUCUUCAUCCCACCCCCGCCGAAGAAGCCGCCCCUCUUCUUCAUGAAGGACGAGCCCGUGUCACCGGAUGCCACCGUGGUUUGCCUCAUGGGAGUACACCAGGAAGCUAAGGCGCGCAUCUGGAAGGAAGUCCACCUCUUCAAGGAGCGGCGCAUGAUCCACAUCUACGGGAUCAAAUCCUACGGCCAUCAGCUGUACCGGCAGCUGGAGUACACUAGCAACGCUCGGCUUUGCAUGCAUGAGCUGCAGCCGCCGCUGGACGGUCGCGACGAGCCUUGGCCAAUCUGGGCUCGCUACGCAGCCGGUGGCUCGAGCUGCGAUUUGAGCAACCACGAGAAUACCACCACCGUCUCACGCACGGCCAUCAAGGGCCUGACGGGAUUCGGGGGGGAGAUGGAGGCGGACAAAGAUGCCAUGGAUGAUCCGGAAGACUGGGAUGAGGCGGACUCCGGCGGCGAACGGAUGGCCGGCAGUGCUUUGAAGGAAGAUGAGGAGGAGCUGGAGGAGGACGGCAUCCAGCGCCGGCGAAAGCAGCUCCGCCACACGGCCGCGGAGCCACAGCCUGUCUACUGCCGAGAGGCCCACGAGCUCCAGCCCGAGAAGAAGAAGAGCAAUCGCUGCAACUUCUGCGGCUGCAGUGGCACCGCCUGGCGCUGCCGCGACUGCGACUACGACCUCUGUGAGGCCUGCCAAAGGAACCUCUCCAGGAAGGUGCCCGUGAGAUUCCAGGAGGGUGACCGGAUGCAGAUCAAGGGCAAUGGCUACAGCCGCAAGGAUGGCAUCGACUGGCGCUUCUGCUUCUACGCCGGCGCCGACUGCGUCUUCUCCUUUGCGCCCUGCACGCAGCGAAAGUGCAUCCUCAGGAACUCGAUCAUCGAUGGGUCGAAAGGCAGCGAGGUGCGCACGGGAGGAUGCCCCCUGGGCUCCGAAAGCGACACCUUCGUCGUGACCUUCGAAAAAAGUGACGAAGGCUUCGAAGUCUCCAUCAACGGUGAACGUUUGGCGGAUUUCGACUUCCCCGACCGCUCCGCAGAGAUCGUUGACCACAUCGGCUUUGAUUGCCGGGCCGGGGGUAUCAAAGAUGUCGAGAUCUUGCACGACCGCAUGAUCACCGAGAAGUCUCCCUUUGAGCGCAUGAUGGAGGUGGGAGAGCAGUAUCUGCCCGGGCGAGUCCUCUGGGGUUUGCUUCCGGAGGCUUUGCUACAAGACUACAACUUCUACCAGGAGAACGCCCCGCCGCACCGCGUGAUCCGAGGCUAUCCUGCCAAAGGUCGCUGGCCCACGGACCACGAGGAGGAGGACCUCUUGGAGUCUGAUUCCAGCAAUAAGAAGGUCGACCACAUCCUCAUCGUCAAGCUUGUUCGCAUCAAGAAGAUCCUCUGCACGGGAAUGCGCGGUUGGGGUGCCGUGGUCAUCAAACGCUUCCGCGACGGCAUGGGGCGUCCUGACUUGUACCUCCUUGACCUGCUCCACACCAAUGCAGGUACUCCUCUCCACCACCUGGCCGAUUCUUUGGCCCGAGCAGAGAACCUCUCCUAUAUCCUGGCCUGGACCUCCCUGAACCCUUGGGAGGCUGGUAGGGUAGGCUUUAGGGUUUGGGGUUUUGCGGUGUUCGGGAUUUGGUGA